AUGUCGGGCUGGUGGACCGACGUCGGACCGUCGUUCGCCGUCCAGAACCUCACGACUGGCCUCCUCCAGUACAGCACAUGCAACAGCAACAACACGCCGCUGUACCCUCUGGACCCGCCCAACGUCUUCUUGACCAAGUACUCGCCCAAGAACGGGACGUCGCUGGCGGCGACGGGCUGGUUCGAUAAGACGACAACGUGGGCCUCGGUGUUCUACCAGAACAACAACGACGACCUUGUCAACGCCAUCUACACAUGCGACUGGACCAAAGGCGUGUACAACCAUGUCUCGAGCGCCGUAAUCUCGGACCGCGCCGGCACGCCUGUGGUAAACCCGCAGACGGGUCUAUCGGUGGCCCUACUUGGCGAGCAAGAAGGCUAUCGCGUCUUCUUCAACGACAAGAACAGGGAGAUGCAUUUCCUCAAGUUUACCCAACAGGAUAGUUGGUCGUAUGGCGGCCCGGCAUCUACCAACAGUAACAGGACCGGUCUGGCGAUCCACUCGCAGUUCUCGGGUGUUCGAAACGUGAGCGUCGUGACGCCGCGGGACAUCUCCAACAUGGAGACCGUGCGCCUCAACAUCGACGGCACCUGGCAUGUUUCCACGUUCCCCACGCCGUUGAAAGGGUUCAACGUCACCAACCUGUCAAAUGCCACGUCGUUCCCCUACGAUACGUCGGCGAAGCCCUCAAUGACUCUGGAAGCUUGGAGCGGCAACCCCAAGGCUCUAGGCUUGGCCGUCGACGCGGCGCUCACGCGGUACAUCUUCUACGUUGGCACCGAUAGCAUGGUUCACUCAGUGGCGGCUUUCGUCACGGGCUCGACAGAGAGCGGGUGGCGACCGCAGCCGGACCAGACGGCGGAUAUCUGGCCCAAGGCUGAUGAGGCUAACGGCGACUUUGCCAUUGCGAGCGACUUCGGCACUAGCAGUAUACGGCUCUACUACGCUAGCGGCGGUGUCAUACACGAGGCUAAUUAUCUCGCCGGCAACUGGGGUUCCGCGUCCAAGCUCAAUGCCUUUAAUACUUCAGCGGCGCAGGGCGGCAGCGGCGGCUCGGGGUCAGGCCUAUCGACGGGCGCCAAAGCGGGCGUCGGCGUCGGCGUGUCGCUCGGAGUCAUCCUCCUCGCGGGCGCCGCCGCCGGGAUCUGGAUGCUGCGCAAGAAGCGCGCAGCCGACGAGGAGAAGGCGCUGGCGGCCGCAGCGCCCGUCGUCGAGGUGGCAAGCACGCAUGGAGACGGUACCGCCAGCCACCACGGUUCGUUGGCGGGGGUGGCACGGACGGGCAGCGGUGGCAGCCGUCCAUGGGACACGGAUGUCAAGGACAAGCCGGCGACGCCAACACCGCGCGAGCUUGAGAGCCCGAACCUCGCCUCGGAGCUCCCCGAACACAUCGAUCGGACGGAGCUGCCGAGUGACCGGAAUGUUACCGAGCUUCCUUGA